AUGGCAAGCUCCAAGGUCUUGGGGGUUGCUUUCAUUGCUUUGUUCAUUCUCGACCUUGCAUUUGCUGCCAGAGUCCCAGAGGGGUUUUUUGCCGGAAGGGGUGGUGGUGGAGGUGGUGGUGGCGGAGGUGGGGGUGGCGGCGGUGGUAUUGGACGUGGUUCUGGGUAUGGAUCAGGGUAUGGCUCGGGUGGGGGUGAAGGGUUUGGCGGAGGAAUAGGAGGAAGUGGUGGCGGCGGUGGAAGAGGAGGAGGUGGUGGUGGCGGGGGAGGAACGGGUGGUUCUGGGUACGGGUCCGGAUCAGGGUAUGGAUACGGGUCCGGGUCAGGGUCUGGCUCCGGGAUUGGUGGAGGAGGAGGUGGUGGAGGUGGUGGUGGAGGUGGCGGAGGAGGUAGUAAUGGAGGUUCUGGGUAUGGAAGUGGAUCGGGGUAUGGUUAUGGAUCGGGUUGGGGUGGAGGAGGAAAUAAUGAGCUCCCUUAA